CACGAUAAAGUAAGUACGUUCUGUAGAUAAAGUACCUGCUAAAAUAUAUGGUUGCCGGGCUUUCUUCAGUCCCCCUCCCUUCCUCCCUUCGUCUCUCACAAUGGCGACUGCUCUCUCGCUUCACCAUUUUCUUUGCCUACGCUCGCUGAAGACUAAUUGCUUUUCUUCAUCUAAAUCUCCAACGCUCAUCCGAAACCCAACUUGCCCCGUCCGUCUCCGACCCGUGCCCCAAUCAUCAACUCAGAAGCACGCUGACAGUGGCAGCCCCUCUCUAGAGACUCAAACUCCGCCCCUUGAUGACUCAAAACCCGAAGCUUCGCGUAAUCCUGUUGACCCGAAUCCUCCAUCCACCUCGUCUAUUCCUUACUCCUUUUCUUCUCUUUUUCUUCGUCUAAGAGAUGGGAUUAAGUUUGAUGGGCUCGGGGUGGAGAUAUUGUCGAUUGCAUUGCCUGCUGCGUUGGCUUUGGCAGCUGACCCGCUUGCGUCGUUGGUUGAUACAGCCUUUGUUGGCCAUUUAGGAUCUGCUGAACUGGCCGCUGUUGGGGUAUCGGUUUCAGUUUUCAAUUUGGUGUCAAAAUUGUUUAAUGUGCCAUUACUCAACGUCACAACGUCCUUUGUUGCCGAAGAGCAGGCCUUGGUUGGUAAAGCGGCUGAAGAUUCCAAUCAAAUUGACAAGGAUGGCAUGGGUGAGCGCGAAGGCAAGAAACUGCUUCCCUCGGUAUCAACUUCUUUAGCACUUGCCGCUAGCAUUGGUCUUGCUGAAGCUGUUGCACUUUCAUUCGGCUCUGGUUUCUUAAUGAAUAUCAUGGGUAUACCUGUUGACUCACCAAUGCGAGUGCCAGCUGAGCAGUUUCUUACCCUUAGGGCGUUUGGUGCUCCACCAAUUGUAAUUGCACUUGCUGCACAAGGCACUUUUCGUGGAUUUAUGGACACAAAAACACCACUUUAUGCCAUUGGUGCUGGUAACUUGCUUAAUGCACUAUUGGAUCCAAUAUUGAUUUUUCUUUUUGGUCUUGGCAUCAGUGGUGCAGCGAUUUCUACUGUGAUUUCUGAAUAUUUAAUUGCUUUUAUUCUUCUCUGGAAAUUGAGUGGGGAGAUUUCGCUUAUUUCUCCAAACAUUGAUGGGAGAAGACUUGCCAGCUAUCUAAAAUCUGGUGGGCUUCUUAUUGGCAGGACCCUAGCUGUGCUUGUAACCAUGACAUUGGCAACAUCCAUGGCGGCUAGGGAGGGUCCCAUACCUAUGGCUGGUUAUCAGAUUUGUGCACAGGUUUGGUUGGCAGUGUCUUUGCUGACUGAUGCUUUAGCACUUGCUGGUCAGGCUCUUCUUGCGAGUGGUUACUCCCAAGGAAAUUAUGGAGAGGCACGUCAAGUAAUUUACAGAGUUCUUCAGAUUGGUUUAGGAACAGGAAUUGUAUUGGCUGUCAUUUUAUUUCUUGGGUUCGGGGCAUUUUCUAGCUUGUUCACUACAGAUGUGGAAGUUCUGAAAAUUGCCUGGUCAGGUGUUCUGUUUGUAGCUGGAUCACAGCCAAUUAAUGCUUUAGCAUUUGUUCUUGACGGGCUCUACUAUGGGGUUUCAGACUUCGGAUACGCUGCCUACUCUAUGGUGCUUGUUGGAUUGAUCUCCUCAAUCUUCCUACUUGUGGCUGCUCCAGUAUUUGGUCUUGCUGGAGUCUGGAUGGGUUUGUUUCUCUUCAUGACCUUGCGUGUUGUAGCUGGAAUUUGGAGGUUGGGCACUAGAAGUGGACCAUGGAAAAUGGUCUGGUCAGAGUUGAAACAAGAAACGGAGAUAUGAUUCAUGUUCUGCGUGCCAAAAUUUCUGCCAUCUGGUUUUGACUUUGAGAUCCAUCAGGAUCAUAAAACAUUAUGCUGUUAGAAAGAAAUCCUGGUUUUGAAGUCGAUCAAGCAACCUUUUACCAGUGCUCAAAUCACAAGAGUUUUGGGUCAGGAUAUUAAACAGUUCUGAAGCUACAAGGAUUCAUUAAUCAGAGUGGAUUUUUGUCAGCUGCUAACAACUAAAUGGAUACGAGUAUGGCUGGUUUGACGAGGAGGCAGGUACAAUGUAUUAUUGGAGGUAGCUAAACAUAACAAGGGUUUGAAGGGCGAGUUUUCUCCCUUUUUGGGCUUAAUCAGAUUCAUAUGUCUAUCAGAGUUUGUUGUAUAUUCUUCGAGCUCUUUCUUUACAACCAUGUCAGUUGCAAAGUGGGUAAAUGCAUAGAUAUGUAUACACAUGUAUAUUCCGAUAAUUAAGGUUUGUGCAGUAAUUGUAAAAGAAAUUUUCAGGUUUUUUGGAAAGAUCUUAGAAGGAUUUAGUUUUUAAUA